AUGGCUGAGUUUAUGAGCGUUCGAAAGUCGGUAAAGAUGACUCAUGAAAUGGUUGGAGGCUAAAUCUGUAUUUUUACAAUGUCUGUUCCACCCAGGUGGCAAAACUGUCCAAGAAAAAGCAAUCUGAUUGCAGAUCGAUUUCUUGCAUUUAAAACAUUCUUGGAUAGUCGUUAUGAUGCCGAAGUGCCUGAAGAAAAUCGAUGGCAGCUGCCAAUGUUGUUGGGUUAUCUUGCUAGAUAUAAGAAAACCCUUGGCUUGGUAAUUGAUCUGACAAAUACCUCCAGAUUCUACAACAGGAAUGAUUUGGAUGAUGCUGGGAUAAAAUACAUCAAAAUUAACUGCAAAGGUCAUGGCGAAGCACCUAAUGUGGAACAGACCAAUAACUUUAUCAGAACUUGUUCAAAAUUUUGGAAUGACGAACCUGAGAAGAUCAUAGGCAUUCACUGCACCCAUGGUUUCAACAGAACUGGAUUUUUAAUUAUCUCGUAUCUUGUCCAAGUUUUGGAAUGGAGCUUGGAAGCUGCUAAUCAAGUUUUUUUGCAGAACCGAUCUCCGGGAAUAUAUAAGCAACAUUAUCUUGACGACCUCUGCAAACGCUAUGACGAGAGCGAAAGCCUGCAGGCGCCCGAACUGCCUGAGUGGUGCCUGGAAGAAGAGGAGGGAAGCGACAACGAGGCAGAAAAUGGUGGACAGGAGAAUGAUGCUGGGGCCGAUGGCAGCAGACCCGACGGAGGCCGUAAAAGACAAAGAAGAGAAUUCAAAACUAGUGAAGCGAAAUUCAUGGACGGAGUUACUGGCAUCACCGUUGCCCCACAACCAACUUUUGGCGAUAUUCAACGCGCAUGUCAAGAUAUCUGUGGUUGGGAAAGAAGCGGGUUUCCCGGGAGUCAGCCCGUCUCAAUGGACGUCCACAAUAUCGGAUUUUUGAACAAGAAACUCUACCGUGUCACAUGGAAAGCUGAUGGAGUCAGAUAUAUGAUGUACAUCAAGGGACUUCACGAGAUAUAUUUGAUAGACAGGGACAACGCUGUCUUUGAGGCACCUCAACUAACGUUUCCUCAAAGAAAAGUCCCUCAUUCUCACGUUCAGGACACUUUACUGGAUGGGGAAUUGGUGAUGGAUAAAAAUGACGACCAAUUGACGCCGAGAUAUCUAAUCUACGAUAUCGUCAGGUUUCAGGGCCAGGCCAUCGGAAAGAUGUCUCAUGACGUGAGAAUGAGGUGUAUCGAUAUUGAUAUUAUUGGACCGAGAAAUAACGCGGUGAAGGCUGGGACUUUGGACAAAAGAAAUGAACCGUUUAGUAUUCGAAGCAAACAAUUUUUUCCCGUAGAGAAAUCUGAAUGGAUUUUAAAGGAAUUUUCUCCUAAGCUCACUCACGAAACAGAUGGAUUGGUAUUCAAUGCAGUUGAUGAGGAAUACAUUCCGGGACCAUGUCCUGGUCUCCUCAAAUGGAAACCUCACACAUUGAAUUCAGUGGAUUUUCAACUGCACAUUACAACUGUUCAACAGGAAGGUUGUUUGAAAGAGAAAGUUGGGGCGUUGCGAGUUGGGGGCUAUGAUCAAGCGGUUGGAUUUAUUAAAAUCACGAAUGAAUUAAAAAAUCUGGACAAGAAAAUCAUUGAAUGUACCUACAAUGGUAAAGAAUGGGUCUUCAUGAGACAGCGCGAAGACAAGAGUUACCCAAACAGCUACGCUACCGCACAAAGUGUUUGUCAGAGUAUCAAGAAGCCUGUGACCCAAGAAUGGUUGCUGGAGGUGGUGCAGAAACACAGAUUUCGACCAAACCAUCAUGGCGGACACGCUCAUGGCCAGCACUCGGCCACAACAACAAGAUGAGAUUUUACACUUUUUACUCAUUCUGUAUAGUCAGUAAACUAGGGACUAUGCAGUCGUUCAUACUGUAGACUAUAGCUGUGUAUAUAAAUAGGACACUGAGAGGGAUUAGGGAAUAGUGUCCUGUUAUUGAUUGCCAGAAAACGGCUUUCUUGUACAGUUGCAAUUUUAACAUUUCUUAUCGAGCCCAUUUUUUUCGCCGUUUUGGGUAGCGAAAUAAAACACUACGUAUCACGGUGUCUGGAAAUUAUAUAGUGAUCUUAAGAUCUACGACGUCAGCUUCGAUGGCGAUGCCAGCUAAUGAUGAGUAAAAAGAACCAUGGAGGAAGUCCCAUGGGAGUUUAGCGUAAUUGCUGUUUACAAGUCGGUAAUGCAAAUCAUUUUAUCUCAUAUGGAUGCAUGCCUUAUGUAACAGAACUUUUUCUGAGCUCGCCUGCUAGUCCUUUUCGAAAUGGCCGCCAAAAAUUCUUCAACAAAAUCCAUAAACAUUGGCAAUGUUUCCGCAGAAUGUGUUCAUUUUCUCUUUCAAAAAUAAUUACGUUGUAUUUCCCCACUAAAAUGUUUGUUUUCGAAAUUAUAUGUACUACAAAUUCCACAAUUUGUAUAUAAAAACUAAACAUUCGUGCACGUUUGGUAUGUCCAGGAUUUAUUUAAAACCUUCACAGCCAGGUGGUGCAACUUCAAUUUCGAUUUAGCAGAACAAACCUUCCCACCUUUGCUCGUUUUGUUUUUACCUUUAUUAUUGUACUAAAUUCAUAAGAUUGAUAAUAGACAAGUUUUCUUUUCCGACCAUUAAUUUGAAAGAGUUUAUAUUCGUCGUUGGCGUUGUCGUCGUGUUGCCGUCCUAAAUCUUAUGCAUCAUUAUAUACAAUAAGUUGAAUAAUCUAAUUUUUUAUAUGGAAGCAAGUGCAUUUAUUUUUCUCUGUAAGAAUGCUUCCCUUCAAACCAUAAGCACUAUAGAAAUGACCAAAAACACAGUCUGAAUUUUAUUGCUCAAUGACAAAGCUACACGGAAUUUUUCUUUGUCCUUUAUCGUACAUUUCGUACAUUGUAAAUUUGUUCGACGUGGGUUCUUUAUCUAUUUAACCAAUAGAUACAUUUACCGCGUUUUCUGUGUAGUAAUAGUUAAAAGACAGGUUAAACGGAUGGUGUCUAAGUAAAAACAGAAAAGGGAAUAAUCUUAAAUUAAAGGGUUAUGUAGAACGGAGACUUCUGUCGACUUUCCUGAAUGUCCUUCAAAAGAGGUUUUAUACAUAGUGUAGAGAUAUAGUGUCAUUUAGCGAUUACAUAGAUAGUGUGUUUCCUAGUCGAUCGUAUAUUUAUUUUGAAGAAAACUUCAUGUAAAUUAUAAUAUAUAUAAACCUUAAGAACGGCGUUAUCGUUUCACUGCGUUGUAUAUUAGGGAGGUUAAGAUCGACUUCCGCUACGAGUACCGAUACCAAUACUCAGUCACGCGCAUGCGCAGACGUAAAAAUCGUCCAAAAUGUGAUAACACUGGAAGUCGCGAGUAUCGUUUUGGGGCUGA